GGGGCCAAGUGCAGGUGUGUCUCUGGGGGAGUGUGUGUGAAGAAAAAAAAAUUGAAUGAUGCUGCUGUUUAGAGAGUUUGCUUGCCUCCUCUUUUGGGGAGUGCAGGUGAGUUUCUGUGGGGUAGGACCUUUUGGGGAUACAGCUUUGCUGAGCUGUAAGGAAGAGAGCUUGCAGUUCCUUUUGAUCCCUAAGACAAAAGCUUUCCUCUCUGGAGUGAAACUUCUGGAUCAUGAAGACAAGCCCCACCCGCUGCAGAAUGACUCUCUCUGUGGGACUUCAGUGGCUCCUAGACCAGAUGGCUCUGUGGCAGUGAAGGUGGCCUUUAUGGGAUGCUAUGCUAAAGCACAAGAUGGAAGCUACCAAGUAACCAUCCAGAUGGAGGGCGCUGGAGCUGGUGGCCAGAUCACCUCCUACAAAGAGGAGCUGAGGUGCCCAGAACCUCUCCUAGCCAUGGAUUUCCCCAGCCCCAGUGUGUGCUCUGCUGUCCCAAUUCCAGCUCGGCUGCCGUGCCUGAACCGCCAGCUUGGCCAAGAAGACUGUGAGGCUCUGGGGUGUUGCUACAACUCCAGAGACAGGGUGACUCCCUGCUACUAUGGCAGCAAAGUGACUGCCCACUGCACCCCGGAUGGCCAGUUCUCCAUCGCAGUCUCCAGGAAUGCAACUCGCCCACCUCUCAACUUAGACUCGGUGCACCUGGUCAGCAACGAAAGAGGCAGGUGUGCCUCUGUUGCCAGGACCAACUUGUUCAUCCUGUUCCAGUUCCCACUCUCUGCUUGCGGGACAACUUUCAAGGAAUCCCCCAGCCAGCGGCUGUAUGAAAACGAGCUGAUGGCAGACAGGCAGAUCCUGAGAUCCCGCGCAGGCUCCAUCACCCGGGACAGCCGCUUCAGGCUGACGGUCCGCUGCAGCUACUCAGCAGAGGCUUCCCUGCCUCUCAGCGUCCUGGUCUCCCCUCCUCCUUCACUGAUGCCCGUGGCCCAGCAAGGACCCCUCACCUUGGAGAUGAGGAUUGCAAGAAAUGAAAGAUACGACUCCUACUACACGGACCUGGACUACCCCGUGGCGAAGGUCCUCCGUGACCCGAUCCCCGUGGAGGUCCGUAUCCUCGGGAGGAACGAUCCAGCGCUGGUUCUGGUCUUGCAUGAUUGCUGGGCCACACCAAGUACCAACCCCAUGCAGAAGCCAGAGUGGCCCCUUCUGAAGAAUGGGUGCCCAUACAAAGGAGACAACUACCAAACCCAGCUGCUGUCCAUUGCCACCUACUCGGAGCUGGCCUUUCCCUCACACCGUCAGCGCUUCAUCAUCUUCACAUUCACGUUUGUGGAAGCUGCUUCCCAGAGGAUGCUCACCGGACCGGUGUAUUUCCACUGCAGUGCUUCCGCCUGUGUGCCUUCGGCAGAAGACAGCUGUAGCGUCAACUGUGAUGCAACCUCUCCGGGGCGAAGGCAGAGAGCAGCCAAAGACCCUUUGGCGGUGGAGCAGUUGACCUUGGUGACUUCUGAUGGGCCGGUGGACUUUGGCCAGAUUCCAGGACUAACUCUUGAAGGAAGAAGGUUCUCCCUAGAGGAGCUGGUCCGGUGGGACGAUGCUCUGAUCAUCACAGCCGCCAUCGUGGCCAUGCUGUCGGUCGGUAUGCUGGCUGCCUUUGUCCUGACAAAGCGCUGGGGAAGGUGGCAGAGACGAGACCUUCCACGUGCAUAAGAAUUAAAAAGUUCAAACUUCA